AAUUACUUUAAAACCAUGUAAUUAAAAAUUAAUUUUAUGCUUGCUAUUUUAAAUUGAGAAUAAAUUUUUAAUAGUUUUGCAGUUGUAUAGCAUACAAAAAUUUUUAUGGCAUCAAAUAUUGUGGUUGCAUCCCCUAAAAGAAUAAAAAGUUCUACAGUAAAAGAGCAAACACCAGCAAAGUGUGAACAGUCAUUCAAAGUUUCUGAUCGAUUAAAUCCAAAAACAGUUGACCCUUUUAACAAAAAAGAACUCAAUUCAAUAUUUAUGUCAGCUUAUGCUAGAGGUGCUAUCCCUUGCCGUUUAGUUCAUGGUUCAGUUAAACACUCAUUGCAAUGGACAAAACCUCCUGAAUCAUUAGAAUUUGAUCCUUUAUUGCUUACGUUUGCAGAGGGUUUAAAGGAAACUUUACAUCCUUAUUCAUUUUUGGCCUACGAAGGUUUUAUGCAGUUGUUAAUGGUAAAAAAUGCAAAUGCUCAACUUGUGCCUCUACUACCAAAACUUACAUCACCUUUUAAAAAUGCUUUACUUGUAGAUGCACGAUUUAAACCCACGUUGGAAAUAAUUGUACAAGUCAGCAAUUUAACUGGAACUUCUUUCAAUCAGUCAUUAAAAAAUAUUUUGCCACAGAUUUCAAGAAAAAUCUCUAUAAAAUCAUUAAAAGACACUAUUGUUUUAUCUCUUCAAAAAAUUGAAACUAAUGGUGGGCCAGAAUGUUCUUCAAUAAUCAAAUUGCGAAUUCCGACGUACACGUCAGUACUGUAAACUUAGCAUUUUUAAUUAACACAUUUUUUUUUAUGUUAUACGUGAAGCAUUGAUGGGAACAAUCAGUUCAUACUACAACUUUUUUCCAAACGCUUUAAAAUGCUUUUUACGUAUUUCCAGAGAAACGCAA